GUCAUCUGGGCUUCCGCGUCCUGCACGGCAGGAAGUUGGCUGUGAAGUCCCGCGGCGGUCCCGGCUCCAGAGGGCGGCCGCGAUGCCUUCGUCGCAGCUGGUCAGUCAACUGCUGGAACUAUGUCUCCGGUGCCUAAUAAUCAACAUUUCCAGGUAUAUCUCAGAUAUCAAAUAUUUGCCUCCCAACAUCAAAGAUAGGCUGAUUAAAAUAAUGAGCACCCGGGGCCGGAUAACAGAUUCCAAUAUAAAUGAGGUGCUACAUCCUGAAAUCCAAAGACUAGAUCUCAGGAGCUGUGAUAUCUCGGACUUGGCUCUCCAGCACCUGUGCAGAUGCAGAAAACUGAAGGCACUAAACCUGAAAUCGUCCAGAGAACAUAGAAAUAGCAUAACUUCAGAAGGAAUAAAAGCUGUAGCUUCUUCGUGUUCCGACCUUCAUGAAAUUUCUUUGAAAGGAUGCUGCAGUGUCACUGAUGAAGGAGUCCUUGCUCUUGCACUCAACUGCCAGCUGCUAAAGAUCAUUGAUUUGGGUGGCUGCCUAGGUAUCACUGAUAUGUCCUUACAUGCACUAGGAAAAAACUGCCCAUUUUUGCAGUGUGUUGACUUUUCAACUACUCAGGUGUCUGACAGUGGUGUGGCUGCACUUGUUAGUGGACCAUGUGCCAAACAAUUAGAGGAGAUUAACAUGGGGUAUUGUAUAAAUCUAACGGAUGAGGCUGUAGAAGCUGUCUUGACUGCCUGUCCUCAGAUACGUAUACUUCUUUUCCACGGCUGCCCCUUAAUAACAGCACAGUGACUGCACCUGAAUCUACUACUGUUUCAGCUACUGGCUGCAGCUCCACAAUCACAGCCCCACUGCUCAAGCCGAGGCCUGCAGGAUUUCUGCAGCCCCAAGAACCGUCUCUGCCUCUGCAGCCAAAUGUAGUUUUUAACUAAGUCUCUAUCAUUCUAUUUUGCCAGUAAAUGAUGGAAAAUGGUCAUCUGUCUAUUGGUUAAUAAAGAAACUGCCUUGGCCCUUUGAUAGGACAGAAAAUUAGGUAGGUGGAGAAAACAGAAUAGAAUGCUGGGAAGAAGGCAGUGAGGGCAGUCGCCAUAGCUCUCCUCUCCGAGAUGGAUGCAGGUUAAGAAUAUUCCUGGUAAGACACCACCUCGUGGUGCUACACAGAUUAUUAGAAAUGGGUUAAUCAAAAUGUGAGAGCUAGCCAGUAAGA